GAUGAUUUUUAUAUAUGAUGAUUUCAGGGAGGGGCAGAUCAGGGUAUGCCUAUAAUAGUAUCACGGGUGGCUCCCAACACUCCAGCGGAUAAUGCUAUACCUCGCCUUAAUGAGGGGGACCAGGUGCUUUUUAUAAAUGGUCGAGACGUCUCCCAACAUACACAUGAACAGGUUGUGCUAUUUAUAAGACAAUCGAGGGAGUCUCGUACGAAGGAUCUUAAUUUGAUAGUUAGACCGAAUGCGUAUUCAGGUGACGAUAAUUCAGACGAGCCUGAUUUUGUGUAUGAUCCUGAAACUCAUCAAAUAUCAAGUGCUACAACAGGAGCCAAUGCUUUAGAUCUGUCCCUUAAAUUAUUAGAAGAAAGUUUAGAGAGUGGUGCGGCACUUGCUCAAUUUGAACAAUUAUAUAGGAAGAAACCAGGUAUGACUAUGAACAUAGCACGAUUAGAAGCCAAUGUACCAAAGAACAGAUACAGAGAUAUAUCACCUUAUGAUCAGACCCGUGUUAUGAUUAAGAACGCAAACAACGGGGACUAUAUCAAUGCCAACUAUGUAAAUAUGGAAAUCCCAGUAUCUGGAAUAUUGAACCGAUAUAUAGCCGCUCAGGGUCCUUUGCCAACUACGUGUAUAGACUUUUGGCAGAUGAUCUGGGAACAACAAUCUACACUAGUCGUUAUGCUUACUACCAAGGUGGAGCGAGGUCGUAUAAAAUGUCACCAGUACUGGCCUGACCUGUACGAGACUUCAGACUUUGGCCCUCUACAGAUCACAUGUGUUAAAGAGGAGGAGUCAGCCUCAUUUGCAUUUAGGGAAUUUAACUUGACUCAUGUGGAGUCGGCGGAGGAGCGACAUAUAUCUCACAUGCAGUAUAUAGCAUGGCCGGAUCACGGUGUACCAGAUGAUCCGGCCGAUUUCCUCGAUUUUGUACAGAAAGUACGGCAAAAACGGGUCGGUCUAGUAGAACCAUCAAUAGUCCAUUGUAGUGCUGGUAUUGGUAGAACAGGUGUUUUAAUCACCAUGGAAACAGCCAUGUGUCUUAUAGAAGCUAAUCAACCAGUAUAUCCAUUGUCUAUAGUUAGGCAAAUGAGAGACCAGAGAGCGAUGUUAAUACAGACUCCGAACCAGUAUAAAUUUGUAUGUGAAGCAAUCAUAAGAUGUUUUAAUGAGGGCAUAGUUAAACCUUUACCAGAAUAUCAACAAAGAUGAUAGCAAGCAAAGUUGGCUAUAUUAUACUGCUGUCAAGAUACUUUAGUAGCAUUUUUGUGUGUAAUGGGAAAUCACUCUUGCAUACUUAAAAGGGGAUAUUACUCUUACAUAUGUAAAGGGACUUCUCUCUUGCCCUCAGUCAUUACAUGACUAAGCAUUUUUUAAAUGACUGAAUUAAAUGAAGAAAAAAGUUUAGGAAAUUGGUGCCAGUUCUCCAUCUUCGACUUUCACAAAUGGAUGAAAGGCUGAAAGUGUGACAUCUAAAUGUGUCAUGUGACAUCUGAACACAUUGUGUGUCAUCUGAAAUGAUGUUGGGUGACAUCUAGUUGUGUCAUGUGGUAUAUGAAUGUGAUUUGGGUGCAUCAUGUGACCUUUGUGUCAGUCAUGUGAUUCUAUCACAUUAUGUUCUGUACAAACAAAUGACGUGAAAUGAAAUGUAUAGACAAAUAAUUUUGUGAUCAUUCCAAGGUAGAUAACUCUUGUGUGUCUUGAUGCAUGAAAAAUCUGUGUGACUAAGAAGUUUAGAAAUAAUGCAUACAAGCUUCUGACUGCAACUGAUCAAGAAAAAAAAACAGCAGACGGUAUCUAAUAUGAUGAAAUUGCGGGAAAAUUUACAAGAUGCAGAUUGUUAUUGGUACGGAGGACAAAGAUUCCUGGAGAAAAAUGUUUCCAAUUAAUGGUUUUGUUCAUUUGACAAUAUUUGGAAGUUAUUUGAUAUUUAUUCCUUUACUUUUUAUUUAUUUAUUAAGCCAUGGAUUUAAUGAUAUACAGCAGUAGUGACUGUUAUUUUGAUAUGACACAAACUUGCAUACCCUGGGACAAUUUUUUAGUAGAUACAUGUAUGUGUAUUAUAGAUUUGGAGAAAACAAAAAAAUGGUUGUGCAACAGUUAAUUGUUAAAACUUUACUUAUCUGUGUAUAUGUACAUAAUAUUUAUAUGUUAAACAUUGUAAAGUAUUAAAAAUGAUUUCAGAAUAAUACAGAUGUACACACAACUUUAUUAAAACCUUAGCUUGCUGGUGACAACUGACUUUACCCUUGUGACCAGUUCAGACCAUGUGACCAGUUCAGACCAUGUGACCAGUGCAGACCAUGUGACCAGUGCAUACCAAGAUCAACUGGCAUACAUCUGCAAACUGAUCAUUGUCUGCACUGUUUGCUAUUCAGUUGAUAGGUUUUUUGUGAAAAAAUUUCCCUUACUAUAAUGAAUGGUUUUUUUCAUAUUGAAAGAUGGACAAGUCCAUUUAAGAUAUUUAGAGGGGUAAGGGUUGAAAUACACUUGUUCCCAGUUCACCUUUUAAAUGUCUUAGUUUAUGUGAUUUUUUUUUCUUUUUUGUUAGUUUUUUUUUUGUUGCUGUUCAAACAAUGGAAACAUUAGAAAUUUUUUAUAAGUUAGUUAUUUUUCAUUUGAUGAUAAAGUUUGCAAGUUUUUCGGGUUACAUUGCAUUAAGGCUAUUGGCUUGCCCCUAAUAAUCUGUUUGAAUCUGGCCAUUUACUAAGAAUUCUUUGAUGUUAUGUUUUUCUUAAAAGAAUAGUAUAUGACCAAGCUGUCUAUCAUGCUAAGACUAUCCAUGUGACCAGUGCAAACCAUGAUCAGUAGGCACAUCUUUGCUGUCUGAUUGUGGUCUGCACUGUUCUCUAUUCAUCUAGUACAAAUUUUGUAAUUCUCCCCUAAGAUAAUAAAUGGUUUUAUCCAGAUUGAAAUAUGGGCUAGUCCAUUUAAGAUAUUUAGUGUGCUAAGGGUUAAGAAAAGGUCAGUGAUUCUAUUAGUGUCGGAAAUAGUAGUGAAAAAAGCAUUGGAGUUCUCCCUCCAAACAUAAAGUCACCCGGUCACCUUUACAACAUUUCUCUACUCCUUUUCUUCAAGUGUGAACAAUUUCCCUAGCUAGUGUCUUUGAAAUUUGCCAAGUUCCUUAAUUGCCAAAGAAUCAAAAAAAUGCUUAACGUUUUCAUUGUUUGACUUAAAAUGCUAAUGGUCACCAUUUAUCAGUGUGCUUUUUUUAAAUAAGGGAAUUGUAAAAGAGAAAUUAUUCACUGUUCAGUAGCCAAUAAUAUCUCUUUGAGAUUUAUGGAAAUAAAUCGCAAUUUGGUCAAAUUCCUGCAGACAUUGGACUAUGAAAUUUGAAUUACUUUUUAAUAACAAAGAAUACAUUAAAUAUAUUUGUAAAUUUUAGCUACCAGAAAAUAAUUUCAAACUUUUAUUUAACAUUAGAAUUGUAUAUUGUUUUCCUCUCCACAAAAAAGUCUUGCAGCUUAUUAAGAAUUUAAACACAUAUCAUUUUAUAUGUUAAUUAUGAUUUAUAUCAGUGAGAAAAUGUGAAUUUUCAAAACUGACAUGAAAGUAAAACUUUGUGAUUUAUAGGUUAUAUGGAUUUAUGAACAGUUAGUUAUAUGGCCCAAUAUGGUUGCAAUGGUUGCAUAUUUUAUACAAAACUGUCACUAGGUUAUGGUUAUAUGGCGAACAACUGUUUAUGAACUGCCAUAUAACCUGUCAAACUUAGGGAAGGCUAUAAAAUUACCAACUGUUUAUUUACUGCCAUAUAACCUGAAGGCUAUAAAAUUAACAACUGUUUAUGUACUGCCAUUUAACCUGAAGGCUAUAAAAUUAACAACUGUUUAUAUACUGCCAUAUAAACUGUCAAAUAAGGGGAGGUCUAUAAAGCAAACUACUGUUUAUUAACAGCCAUAUAACUUGUCAUAAGGAUUAAUUAUGAAUUCAUAAUACAUCAGAAUUGUUUUCUUUGAUUGAAAUGAAAAUUCAUAGCUUGAUAUGAAGCAGCUGUGUAUAAUAUAAAUAAUAUAAACAUCACAAUUGGUCAAUGAAAUUUGACGUUACAAGCAUAAAAUAUUGUAUGUAUGUCUAUGUAUGUAAUGCAAUAUUUUAAUUAAAGGGCUACACUGAGGUUUUUUAAAAUGAUGAGUCUGAAAUAAAUUUUCGAGAUUAAUGUCCCAUUUGAUGUAGGUUUAGACAAUUUCAAGUGUGCAAAAUUUCAGAUUGUUUCCGCACUCUGUUUUGCUAGAAUGAUUAUUCUAAUUACAAAAAAAAUGACUCAAUAUUGAAAAGCGUUGCAACACUUAACACUCAUUGGACAAAGAAUAACAAAAAGUACAAUUUUCAAUUAUUUCUAAGUAUAUUUCUUAAUUAUCUUUUGCAUAUCUUCCUGUUUUUAGUGCCCCAGUUGAUUUAUGUAAGAAAUUAAAAUUUUAUGUUCAUAGGCCUUUAGACCUCAGUGGAGUUCCUUUAAAAAAUGUUGACUGAGCAAAAUGAGUUUUAAUUUAAUUGACUUUAUAACACAGAUAAAACUAAAAAUUAGAAUGGGAAAGGGAAGUGCUAGCUUAAUGGUAUUGAUGUCCACUUACCCAGCCAGUCUGUAAUAUUAUGAUAAAAUGUUUCCAAGAUAUACACUGGCCUAAUUUA